UUUAAAGCUCCCAGCAUGGCUUACACAUAUUUUUUGGUUCCUGGGGCCACUGUGCUGAGCAGUUACAGAAAAGGAAAACCAGUUCUGUGUCCUUGGAGAGCCCCGGUCCAGUCAAGUUGCCCCAGGCGAAACCUGGCUUUGAGCUUCCACAUUGCACGUCCAUUCAGCUCGCAAGCUGCUGAGGACCAGAAGGAGGAGCCCCCACAUUCCAUCAUUAGCAGCACAGAGACCGUACAGGGUUCUGUUUCCAAACAUGAGUUCCAGGCUGAGACAAAGAAGCUUCUGGACAUUGUUGCCCGUUCCUUGUACUCAGAAAAAGAGGUGUUUAUUCGGGAGCUGAUCUCCAAUGCUAGUGAUGCCUUGGAAAAGCUGCGUCACAAGCUGGUGUCUGAAGGCCAGACGCUGCCAGAAAUGGAGAUUCACUUGCAGACGGACACGGAGAGAGGCACCAUCACAAUCCAGGACACUGGCAUUGGGAUGACACAGGAGGAGUUGGUGUCCAACCUGGGAACAAUCGCCAAGUCGGGGUCAAAGGCCUUCCUGGAUGCGCUGCAGAACCAGGCAGAGGCCAGCAGCAAGAUCAUUGGCCAGUUUGGAGUGGGUUUCUACUCCGCUUUCAUGGUGGCCGACAGAGUUGAGGUCUAUUCCCGCUCAGUCAGCCCGGACAGCCCGGGUUACCAGUGGCUUUCAGAUGGCUCCGGGGUAUUUGAAAUUGCCGAAGCUUCAGGAGUUAGAACUGGAACCAAAAUCAUCAUCCAUCUCAAGUCAGACUGCAGAGAGUUUGCCAGCGAGGCCCGGGUUCGAGACGUGGUGACAAAAUACAGUAACUUCGUCAGUUUCCCCUUGUACCUCAAUGGGAAGCGCAUCAAUACCUUGCAGGCCAUCUGGAUGAUGGACCCCAAGGACGUGGGCCAGUGGCAGCACGAGGAAUUCUACCGCUACAUCGCGCAGGCCCACGACAAGCCCCGCUACACUCUGCACUACAAGACGGACGCCCCUCUCAAUAUCCGCAGCAUCUUCUAUGUGCCGGAGAUGAAACCAUCCAUGUUUGAUGUGAGCCGGGAGCUGAGCUCCAGCAUCUCUUUGUACAGCCGCAAAGUCCUCAUCCAGACCAAGGCCACUGAUAUCCUGCCCAAGUGGCUGCGUUUCAUUCGAGGUGUGGUGGACAGUGAGGACAUUCCCCUGAACCUCAGCCGGGAGCUGCUCCAGGAAAGCGCUCUAAUCAGGAAACUCCGGGACGUUCUACAACAGAGGCUAAUAAAAUUCUUCGUUGACCAGAGUAAAAAAGAUGCUGAGACAUAUGCCAAGUUUUUUGAAGAUUAUGGCUUGUUCAUGAGAGAGGGCAUUGUGACCACUGCUGAACAGGAGGUCAAGGAGGAUAUUGCAAAGCUAUUGCGGUAUGAGUCCUCGGCACUGCCCGCUGGGCAGCUGACCAGCCUCGUGGACUACGCCAGCCGCAUGCAGGCCGGCACCCGCAACAUCUACUACCUGUGCACCCCCAACCGGCACCUGGCUGAGCACUCACCCUACUAUGAGGCCAUGAAGCAGAAAAACAUGGAGGUUCUCUUCUGCUAUGAGCAGUUUGAUGAGCUGACCUUGCUUCACCUUCGUGAAUUUGACAAGAAGAAGCUGAUCUCCGUGGAAACGGACAUCGUUGUCGAUCACUACAAGGAGGAGAAGUUUGAAGACAAAUCUCCAGCUGAUGACCGCCUGUCAGAAAAGGAGAUGGAGGACCUGAUGGCCUGGAUGAGAAAUGCGCUGGGGUCGCGUGUCACCAACGUGAAGGUGACUCUUCGACUGGACACCCACCCUGCGAUGAUCACCGUGCUGGAGAUGGGGGCCGCCCGGCACUUCCUGCGCAUGCAGCAGCUGGCCAAGACCCAGGAGGAGCGCGCUCAGCUUUUGCAGCCCACCCUGGAGAUCAACCCCAGGCACAUACUGAUCAAGAAGCUCAGCCAGCUGAGAGAGAGUGAGCCUGACCUGGCCCAGCUGCUUGUCGAUCAGAUCUAUGAGAACGCCAUGAUUGCAGCAGGGCUGGUCGAUGACCCCCGACCCAUGGUGGGCCGCUUGAACAACCUGCUCGUCAAGGCCCUGGAGCGACACUGACGUCUGGGCCCUGUUGGCCAGGGUGCAGCCCAGCAGCUGUGGGAGCCCCACAUCUUCCCUGCACUGUCAGGGCUCCAGGGAAGGUGACAUGGACUGUGCACCUCUGUCAUGGGAGGAGGAGCCGGGAAGGAACGACUGGAUGCCACCAAUGAGAACACCCCCUUUUGAGCUUUAUUUACUUAAAUUAAAAGACAUUUCUUCAUCUAAA